AUGAAACGAAGGGACAAAGAUGAGAAGGACAAGUUCAGCAGCGCAAGUAAUAAGUUUGAUCUGAAGUUGAUCCCUGCUGCCAAAACAUCUAAGGAAAUGCAAGGAGUGACUUCUUCUUAUUCGUUAUGCGAGAGUUUCGUCAAUUCCUACUAUGAUGUGUCUGCGGCGAAAUCGCGGUUUAUAAUCGCUUUCAGUGAUGGUGGUUCUUUGUUUAUUUUCUCGCCUUCACACAAAGGAAGGGAAUCUUCAUAUGACAAUACCUUCCCGGAACUCGGAUGGCUGGCUCAGCUCCAACUGUGCUUCCGUCCAAGGCGUCCAUGGCUUUAUCGGUUGUACGUCGGUGGUCCGUUCAUUAUCUGUAACCCUAGCAUGGGGAAAGUUACUUACUUACCAUUACAAGGUCCACGCACAUCCUUGGGAUACGAUCCUGUUGAUGAUCAGUUCAAAGCAUUGACCUUGAUGUCUAAUCCUUACCAGCAACACGAUUUUCUAGAGCACGAGGUUUUAACACUUGCACGAGGUGACUCUUCUUCAUGGACACCCAAUAAGGUUACCUCCCCGCCUUAUCACACUGCAACUAAAGCAAUAUGCAUCAAUGGUUUCGUGUAUUUUGGUGCUUGGACGACCCCUACCCGAGAUAAGAAUCCGAUGAUUGUGUGUUUUGACGUUAGAUUUGAUCAAAGCGCCUGUGGAUGUUGUGUGUUGGGAGGGUGA